AUGACUGUUUUGCCUUUCGUUGUACAGUUCACCUCUUACAAUACUGGCCUCGUAGGCUCUGUAGAGGUUGUGUCUACAACUGUUCCUAUGUCUGAACUGUCGACCAGCAUUAUCCCGACCACCUUCACCGCCACCGAAACGACAUUAGUCACAUCUACGAUCACAUCCAGAGGCAGUACUUCAGUCGUGACGUCAAAUUCAUUGAUUGGGGUCGUCUACACCUCUGCAGCCAUCGUGGGUGCACCACAAACUAUCUCGGAAAGCAGUCUGUCGACAUACACCACUGUCACCUCCAUUCCUGCUUCCACGGUUGUCGUAACCGUCAAUGGCACUCCCAGCUCGAGUGUUGUCGCCGGCUAUACUUCGACUGUCGUCGGUACCAAUACCAUCGUGAAUGUCAUCACGGUUUUUGUUCCCGGACAAACCAAGGCAGCAGCAAGUCAGGCCAGUGUUGUGAGCAAUGUGGAACCGAGCGCGAGCACGUAUGUAACGAAUAUCAACGGCGUGCAGGCUACGGUAACAACUCAAAUUCUGGCAAUCGUCACCGGAGCAGCUCCGAACCUGCAACAAGCUGGAGCACUGCCUACCUGUGUAGUGGACAAGGGUGUCAUCUGUGCUGCGAUCGGUGCUGGUGUGUUUGGAGUGGUUAUGUGUGUUGCGUGA